AAAAAAGAAGAAGAUGAAAAGAGGAAGAGGAUGACAAGAAAAUAAGAGAGAAAGGGAGAACAUUGAGGAGCUCAUGCGUGUGAAUCUCUCCUUUCUACCGCGAAGAAAACCCUAGUUUUCACCGUCUCCCUCCUUAAACCCUUCCCUUUCAUUCAAUCCACUUUCUUUAUCAUAUUCAUCUUCUGCACCGCAUCUGAGUUUUCUCUCUCUCGAUCUCUCUUCAUUCUUCCACUCCACCCAAUACCCUAAUUUCCUCAUACCUAGGGUUUUCUUUGCAUUUCUUAUUUUAUAAUUAUCUGUGUCACCAUGUUGGCUCUCAAAGAGUGAAAAAUUUUCCAAAAAAAUUGGUGUUUUCAAAUUGAGAGGGAACGGAAUUAUGUAUAAAGAACGAGGAGGUGUUGGUGGUGUUUCAUCGAAAUCGGAGAUCGAUCGAAAGCGCAUAAACGACGCGCUGGACAAACACCUAGAAAAGUCAUCCCCUUCCACUUCGCGUGCCUUGAACAGCAAGGACAAAGAGAGAUUGUCCGUACCAUCCAUUUCCACCGGUAAAUCUCAGCUCGAUCAUCGGGAUUCUCGCCCCGCUUCUCUCCCCAAGAGCAAGUGUUCUGAUGAGGAAUCAGAGACUGACAGUGAAGAAUCAGAUGUUAGUGGUUCUGAUGGAGAUGACACAUCUUGGAUCUCGUGGUUCUGCAAUUUGCGAGGAAAUGAAUUUUUUUGUGAAGUUGAUGAUGAGUACAUCCAGGAUGAUUUUAAUCUUUGUGGUUUAAGCAGUCAAGUUCCAUAUUAUGAUUAUGCACUUGAUCUGAUUUUGGAUGUCGAAUCCUCUCAUGGCGAUAUGUUUACUGAAGAGCAGAAUGAGUUGGUGGAAUCUGCAGCGGAGAUGCUGUAUGGUCUAAUUCAUGUGCGAUAUAUACUUACUAGCAAGGGAAUGUCAGCAAUGUUAGAGAAGUAUAAAAAUUAUGAUUUUGGGAGAUGCCCAAGAGUUUAUUGCUGUGGACAGCCAUGCCUUCCAGUUGGCCAGUCAGACAUUCCUCGUUCAAGCACAGUUAAAAUCUACUGUCCUAAAUGUGAAGAUAUAUAUUACCCUCGAUCCAAGUACCAAGGCAACAUUGACGGAGCUUAUUUCGGAACCACAUUUCCUCAUCUAUUCCUGAUGACCUAUGGGCACCUGAAGCCACAAAAGGCAACACAGAGCUAUGUACCCAGAGUUUUUGGCUUCAAGAUGCACAAACCUUGAGAUGGAGUUUGAGCUGCACAUAAUUCAGUCAAGGUGUCCCCAUUGGUGCUGGUCCACGGUCCUUGUUGUUUUUUUUUUUUUUGGUCCAAGUAUUAUCAACUUAACAAACAAGGUACAGGUGCAGCAAUUCUGAAGAGAUUAGAAAUGAUUUGAUUUGAUGGAAAUGUUUAAAAUGCGAUAUGGGUCAGUAGUUGACCCAUCUUACAUUUUAUUUGUGAAUUUAACAGAGCGUUUGUAAGCUUAUAUAUUGUUUUUCUGGGUUGAGAAUUGUUACUAGGUAAUUUUCACUGUAGUUGUUGCGUUA